GCAUUACAUCUUCGCCGUCUUUCAUUUGUCACUAUAACUAAAGAUGACAGGACUCAGGGGAGAUACCCGGCAGCUGUUUGAAAGGCUGUAAACCUGUUCAAAGCGGUGUUGCUUGAGGUGCUGCUGUGUAGCGGUGGAGCAUGUCAACAGCAGGUGGGUGUGUUGGGGGCUGUCACGUGACGCCGGUCUGGCUGCUGUCAUCUUGGUAUUUAAACCACCUCUGUAUAUUUAGUCGGUCCUUUUCGCCACGCAAGGCUUCUGCAAAGUCCAGGCUACAGAGUAGCUGCGACUUAUUCGUCAGUCAUGGCUGAUCAGGCAUUUGUGACAUUGGCUACCAAUGACAACUAUGCUCGGGGAGCAAUGGUUUUGGGCAAAUCCCUCCGUAAGCACAAUACAACCAAGAAGCUGGUGGCACUCAUUGGUCCACAAGUAUCAGAGCCUAGCCAGUCUGUGCUGAAGAGGAUCUACGAUGAGGUGAGGGUGGUGGAUGUGCUAGACAGUGGCGACACUGCACACCUGGCCAUGAUGAAGAGACCCGAACUGGGCGUCACCUUCACCAAACUCCACUGUUGGACCCUCACACAUUACUCCAAAUGUGUUUUCAUGGAUGCAGACACUAUGGUUCUUUCAAAUAUAGAUGAGUUGUUUGAUAGAGAGGAACUGUCAGCUGCUCCUGACCCUGGCUGGCCCGAUUGCUUCAACUCUGGCGUUUUUGUUUUUCGUCCUUCUGUGGAGACUCAUGGCAAACUGCUUCAGUAUUGUACAGAACAUGGCAGCUUUGACGGAGGAGACCAAGGGAUUUUGAAUGGCUUCUUUAGCAACUGGGCAACAGCUGACAUAUCAAAACAUCUCCCUUUCAUUUACAAUCUCAGCAGCAUAGCCAUCUACACUUACCUCCCAGCAUUUAAACAAUAUGGUGGAAAUGCCAAGGUGGUCCAUUUCCUGGGGAAGACCAAACCAUGGGAUUACACAUUUGAUCCCAAAACCAAACAGAUUUCAGGGAGUGAGCAGGAUGCUGCCACACACCCUACUUUCCUUCUCAACUGGUGGACCCUAUACUCGGGUGAUGUGGUCCUCAUGCUGCACGAGGAGUAUGGAGAACAGCCCUUCCACUCAGGAUGUGUGGAGUUCCAGCACAGUGAAACUGUCACUUUUGAGAGUGAACAGGGCGAGAGCAGGUCUUCGCACGCGCACGCACAGGCAUCCCAAUCCCAGCAGAUGUCCUCAGAAGAACGGAAGCAGAAAUGGGAGCAAGGUCAGGCAGACUACUUGGGAAUGGACUCAUUUGACAAUAUCCAGAGAAAGCUUGAUACUUUUCUCAAAUAAAGAAGGAUUGGCACGGGAUAUUUUUAAAAGAGCACUUGCGUUCUACUUGUUGCCAAGAAAAUACUGCUGAAAAAAUCAGAUUGCAGUUUUUCUUCCUACCUUUAUUUCAACUAUAAAUGAGCCAAGUCCCUCUUUCCACCAGCACUACCAACUCCAUACUCCAAAGACAGCCCAAUUUAAGUGGGGGGAAGUAAUGUGAAAUUUUAUGAGCGGUUUUAAUUCUCUCUGCAAGAUUAUUAUCAUUCAGUUUACCCUGACACUCAUAUAUGUUCUUCUACAGUGUGAAAAAAGGUUUAUAACCGAAGUGUGCUUGUUUAAAGAUGAAUAUUAAAAUCUUUUUUUUUCUCAUGUUUAUGCUUCUUUUGUAAAAAAAAAAACAAACAAAAAAAAGGAGAUGGCAACAAGAGAUCAACUGGGCCAUUUGUAUCGGUGUGGUUAAGAUGUGUAGUCACUGACAUUGUCAUUUUUCAGUUUAUUCUUUCCUUUUUUACUCUGCAGUAACCUGACAGUCUUCUUAAUAUUUUCUUUUCUCAAAAGAAUUAAUUCUAUUGUUUUUGAAUUAGAAGUCUCUGUUUUACACGGAUAUGAAGAUAUGUUUACAGCACUUCUCAAGGCCGUAGUAUGGUCAGUGAGCCAUGCACACUAGAUCUUUAGUGCCUUAAUGCCUUGCUCUCCCUACUGCUGUCAUCCUAUGUUAUCUCACUCUUGACCAGCAGCUUUUUUAGUAGAUGAAACAGGUUUGUAAUUUUACCACAUUAUACUUGACCUGGAUGUUGGCUGAAAAUCUUUUAUCUGGAAACAAUAAAACAUCCUUACAAGCUG